AUGCCACCAAGAAGAGCAGCUUCUUCACAAAACAGUCAGGCUAAUGAUGAUGUACCUCCAGUUGAGGGUUUGCCUCCUGUGAGUGCAGAAGGGAUCUAUAGGUAUCUUGGGACACUAGCUGGUUUAGUUGAACGCCAAGCUCGAGCUGCUGGGACUAAUGUUCAAGGACAGUCUUCAUCUUCUAGGGGUAGCUCUUUUGAUGACUUCAAGAAAUUGGGUCCUCCUUACUUUUCUGGUGCUACAGAUCCCACAGAGGCAGAGGCUUGGAUCCUUAAGAUGGAGAAAUUCUUUGAUGUAAUAGUUUGCUCUGAGGAGCAAAAAGCCUCUUAUGCAGCUUUUAUGUUAGAUAAAGAGGCAGAUCAUUGGUGGCGUAUGACUAGGAGACUUUUGGAGGAUCAGGGACCCAUAACAUGGAGACAAUUUCGGGAGGCUUUCUACAAGAAGUAUUUCCCUGACAGUGUUAGGCGGCAGAAGGUGGGGGAGUUUAUUCGUUUGGAACAGGGGGAUAUGACUAUGGCUCAGUAUGAGGCCAAAUUUACAGAGUUAUCACGUUUUUCCCCACAGUUGAUUGCUACAGAGGAGGAAAAGGCAUUAAAGUUUCAGGAUGGAUUGAAGCCUUAUUUGAAGAACAAGAUAUCUAUUCUGAAGCUUGGUGUCUAUUCAGAGGUUGUUGAUAGAGCCCUUAUAGCAGAGAAAGAUAAUGAGGAGCUUCAUCAGUAUAGGGAACAGCAAAGGAAGCGAAAUAGAAGUGAUGGUGCUCAUGGUAAUCAAGCACAGCGAAGGGCUACAUCAGGAAGAAAUCAGAAUAAAGGGAAGACAACGCAGAAUUUGGAUGGGAUUUGUCCUACUUGUGGCAAGAAGCAUGGGGGUAGGCCAUGCUAUAGAGAGACUGGAGCUUGCUUUGGUUGUGGGAAGCAAGGACAUUUGAUCAGAGAUUGUCCAGAGAAUAGGAAGUUCAUCAUUGGGAAGCCUAAAGAGGAAAAUAAGGAGGAUAAACAGAAACCCAAAGCCCAAGGGCGGGUGUUUGCAAUGACUCAUCGAGAUGCUCAGGCCACUUCUGAUGUGGUGACAGGUACUCUUAGUUCGGGUGAGGAGUGAUGGCUAGGCUGAG